AUGACAACUUCAAUACCUAAAGCUAUGCCUUUUCGGCCUGGCUGCCGGACCCUUCCGAUUGUGCGGCCUCGCAUUCUUCGGCAAUCAUCCACGCAGAGUGGAAAUUGGGCUGGUCGCCCAUUUGAUGUCGCCAAAGACAAUGUCGCGCAGCUGGCUGCGAGUCCCCGUCGACCGUUGACACUUGCAGACCUACUGAAACACGGCCGCCCACCAUUGAGCAAAGAGGCUCUUCUAGCCUCUGCCAACUUCACUCUCUCCCUCCUCCCCGCCCGACUAGCUUCUCGGAUUCAAGCUCUGCGAAACCUUCCUUUCAUCGUUGUCUCAAACCCUCAUGUCUCCAAAAUAUACAACAAUUACCUCCAUUCACUAUCGACCCUCAUACCAUAUCAACAGCGCCGCAUCACGACUCUCGAAGAAGAGAAGCAGUUUGGGGAUGUACUGGCUGACCUUGUACAAACACAUACAAAUACAAUCCCUGUCCUUGCCCGCGGGUUUCUAGAGUGCAGGAAAUAUGUCAGCCCGGCGGACGUGACGAGCUUCUUGGACACGCAUCUACGUGCGCGUAUCGGUACCCGCUUGAUCGCGGAGCAACAUCUAGCUCUUCAUUAUGCCUCACAGCCCAUCAGCGAUAACCCAUCCGAUGACGCUAACGCCCCUGCCACCAAUAAAUCAAUUCCAUCAAACUAUAUAGGUGUCAUUGAUACGGGGUUACAGCCGGCACGCAUCAUCCGGCUAUGCGAGGAUUUCGUUGGAGAGAUCUGUGAACUUAAGUACGGAGUGCGACCGCGUUUGAAGAUUGGAGGUGAACCCGAGGCCUCAUUUGCUCACAUCCCUGUCCACAUGGAGUACAUUAUCACGGAGCUAUUGAAGAACGCUUUCCGGGCAACCAUUGAAAAUGGAAAUGAGCGUGAGCCCAUUGAGGUGACGAUUGCUGCUGCUCCAGAUGUGCCCGGGAAUCAGCCGAAGACCCCAGGUGAUGCCGAUGCCGACUUUGAGCUUGACUCAGAACUUUCCGCCCGCAAUGAGAAUGAAACCAUUGGGUACUCGGCCCCGUCGUCUCAAAGUAUUACAAUCCGUAUCCGUGACCGUGGUGGUGGUAUUCCGCCUGAGGUUUUGCCCCAUAUCUGGUCUUACAGCUUUACGACUUUUUCCGAAUUGGACUAUCAAGGCUCAGAGAGCGGCAUGGAUGCCUUAAACACCAUCUCUGCUAGCGGUGGCCAGCUCAGCACUAUUGCAGGUCUUGGUUAUGGGUUGCCUCUCAGUCGAGCUUACGCGGAGUAUUUUGGUGGCAGCAUUGCGGUGCAAAGUCUGUGGGGAUGGGGGACAGAUGUUUAUUUAACGCUGCAGGGAGUUGGGAGAAUCGAUUGA